UGGUCCACUCCCAAUAUUAAUUAUAUCUCUCCUCUUCUCCAUUUUUAUGUCUUUUCUUACUGUCACAAAAACAAUAACCCUAAUUUUUAGCUAGACAAACACAAACAGUUGUUCUACCAAAAGUCAGAGAAAAAACAAAAAAAAUUCUAACACAUAAAUGUCUUCAUAUCAAGGUUUCCCAUAACCUUGACAUAUAUCAACCAUAUUUCCUGCUAGCUUGGCCUGUUACACUAAUUAGACAAUUAUCCAAGAUACUAUAUGAUUUUAGUAUUUUCCAUAUUAAGAGAGAGAAAGAGAGAAAAAAAAAACGCCAAAGUAUAGUACUCCUACCCACCUGAUAAGCAGGAAGACUUUGUAACUGAUCCUAUCAUAUAUUUGCUUGUCACCCUACUACUACAUAGAAAAGAGGAGCAAAAAACGAAACAAAAGGAAGAAGAUCAUAUUGAUUAAGUGGUGAAUUUAGCUAGCUAGUGUUUUUUUUAUUGCUAGCUGAGAAGAUCUAAAAGGUGAUCUAGCUAGUUUGAGGUAUUUGAAUUAUAUAUUGAGUAUUUAGGUUGAUUUGGUGAGAAGAGAUGGCGAAUCCAUGGUGGACAGGACAAGUAGGUUUGCAGGGUUUGGAGUCAACUUCAUCUGGGAUGAAAGUGAAGCCAGAUCUAGGUAUAUCUAUGGGAGCUGAUCAUUACCACCACCAGCAGGUGGAGGAUGAUGAAGAGGAGAGAGAAAACAGCGAUGAGCCGAAAGAAGGGGCGGUGGAGGCACCGUCUAGACGGCCUAGGGGCCGUCCACCAGGGUCGAAAAAUAAGCCAAAGCCACCAAUAUUUGUGACUAGGGAUAGUCCAAACGCGCUGCGUUCUCAUGUUAUGGAGGUGGCAGGCGGAGCUGAUGUUGCGGAUAGCAUCGCCAACUUCGCCCGUAGACGCCAGCGAGGCGUCUGCGUGAUUUCAGCUGCAGGCGCAGUAACUGGCGUCACUAUACGCCAGCCCUCGGCGGGGCCAGGUGGGGCAACUGUAGUAGCCCUACAUGGCCGGUUUGAGAUCUUGUCUCUUACGGGAGCUUUUCUCCCCGGGCCGGCCCCACCUGGCUCCACUGGGCUUACCGUCUACUUGGCUGGGGGACAAGGCCAGGUAGUCGGUGGAAGCGUAGUAGGGCCGCUUAUUGCAGCUGGCCCUGUUAUGGUUAUUGCCGCUACUUUCUCCAACGCUACCUACGAGCGGCUACCGUUGGAGGAUCAGGAAGAUGAGCAACCAGGGCAAGUUGGUGGCGCGUCUGGAUCACCUCCAGGACAUCAACAACAACAACAACAACAACAACAACAACAACAACAACAACAACAGCAGCAACAUAGUAUGGGUGGAGAUCCUUCUUCUGCCCUAGGAAUGUAUAAUUUACCCCCUAAUUUACUCCCAAAUGGUGGAGGAAGUAGUGGUGGUGGUGGUGGAGGUCAAAUUAGUCAUGAAGCUUAUGGUUGGAAUCAUGGUGGUCGCCCUCCUUUCUAACAAGAACAAGAAUAAAAAUGAUCAAAAGAUGGAUUAAUUUUCAGGUAAAUUAGUCAUCUUAAUGAUCCUAUACUAUAUGAUGCACUACUUGUAUUUUGUUGGUGUUAAUUUGUAGUUGAGAGAAAGAGAAGAGAGGUUCUAGAUAUGAUAAAUGAUGGGUUUUUUCUUGUAAAUUUUAAUGUUUCUCUCUAUCUAGUCUAGGGUUCAGCUUUACAUGUACUGAUCUCACAAAACAAAAAACAUGUCUUUUUAUUUUUGUGUAUGAAAACUCGCAACUCUUUUGAAUAACAAUUUGACUGAUGAAAAGAGUUGAAUGAAGUAGAGAGAGAAUCCUUCAUAGAUAGGAGCAAUAUUAGCGUGGGAGUGCUCAAAAUUCUUAAAUGCUUGUCUUCUUGUUUUUUCAUUAUUUGCUGGUUUAAUUUGAAAAUUUUCCUGAAAAUCUGUAACUUUGAUACUCAUAAAAAUUAUUGUUAAUUCUUCUGCACUUA